AUGGAAAAGCUUCCAAAGAAAUUCAUCAUACCACAUAUUAAACCUUAUGAUGGUACCACCGACCCGGAAGAUCAUGUGGAUCAGUAUAGUCAGCUAUUGACUUUGGUGUCGUACCCAUUCAAUAAGCACGAAGCAUGCAUGUGUCGAGGAUUUAGUUCAACUUUGGUGGGACCUCCUUUGAAGUGGUCUCUAAAUCUUCCAGAAGGGCAAAUUACUUCAUUUGCACAACUGGCUGACGCAUUCGUCGAACAGUUUGCAAGCAGCAGGAAAAUAAUUCCAACAUCUGAUGAUCUGUAUCGGCUGCGACAGAAGCAAGGAGAAUCUCUACGGUCAUUCUUAACAAGAUUCAAUAAAGAAAAACUAGAGAUCCCGGGAUACUUAGAUGAAAUUGCAAUCAAUGCAUUUCGCAUGGCUCUUCUUCCUGGAAGCAAAUUGUACGGAAAGCUUACUCGUUAUCCGUGUAAGUCAUUUCAAGAAGUGCAGGCAAGAGCGAGCGUUCAGAUUAAAUGGAAGGAAGACGAAGGAAGACUUCCAGAGCGACUAACAGAGCAGCCGAAAAAAUCUGAGCAAAAGCAAAUAAUGUUGAAGAAAAUGGGAGAUGCUGUUCGAUGGCCUGACAAAGUUCGUAAACCACUAGACCAAUGGGAUACUUCCAAAUGGUGUGAAUUUCACAACGAUUAUGGGCACACAACAGAUGACUGUUUUACCCUCAGAAAAGAAGUAAUCCAAUUGCUAAAGAAAGGUUAUCUUCGGGAUUUACUAUCUAAAAGAGGAAGAGCAAUGAUGGCCCAAGCCGAUAGACGAGAAGAAGAACAGAAACCCCCUCCACCAGAAAAAACGAUUAACGUAAUAUUCGGUGGAUCCGAGAUUAGCGGAAUUACACAUUCAUCAGCAAAAAAACAUGUCAAGCAGACAGAGAAUUCUGAGGUAUGGAAUGACAAGCCGAUGGUCCAAUUUAUGAGACAAAUCAUCAAUUUCACAGAUGAUGAGAUGACGAGAUUAUUAAAUCCACACGAUGAUGCUUUGGUCAUCACUUUACAAAUUGCCAAUUGUGAAGUUAAAAGAAUCAUGAUUGACGAUGGCAGUUUAGCGAAUUUACUGUUCAUGUCCACACUUCAAGCAAUGGGACUUUCGAAAGCCGACAUAAUCAGAGGCCCUAUCCCACUCAUCGGCUUCAGCGGAGAACAACAAUAUACCAUCGGCUCUAUUCCUUUGCAAAUCAUAUACCGAGAAAAUUUAAUUCAAUUCCUGCAAGAUCAUAAACACACUUUCGCUUGGACGCAUGCAGAUAUGAUUGGAAUUGAUUCGAAAAUCAUCACUCAUCAGUUGCAAGUUGAUAAUGGCUUCUUUCCGGUGAGGCAAAAGAGACGAAGGUUCGCUCCAGAAAGAAAUAAAGUUAUUAAUGAGGAAGUUUAA